CUCCACAGGUCAAGGAAGUUGAUAGAGUUUUUGCCUUGAAGAGUGAAAUGGUGGGGAGCAUUGAAGUAAAGGUGAAGGAAUCAUCCCACUGUGUGGAAGUCAAUCUCUCACAAACCAAAGGCUUUGAGAAACAAGUCAUUGACCAGCUCAUCAAAGAAACUCAAUCCCCUUUGCCAUGUAAUCAUGCCAGAUGUCGAGGGAUAUUGUUAUGUGAAGCAGAUCAGCUAUCAAAUGAAACCCUAAUGUACGUAAAAUGGGCAAUUGAGAGGAACAAAGGGUGCAGCAAAAUCUUCUUCUGUUGCUCUGAUGUCUCUAAGCUUCUUCUUCUUAGCUCUUUCUGCACUCACGUUCAUCUCUCCCCACCUUCAAAGCAAGAGAUAGUGGAAGUUCUGGAAUACAUAGCAAAACAACAAGAAUUCGACUUGUCGCGUCGAAUGGCAGAGAGAAUCGCCGACAAUUCCAAGAACAACCUCCGACAAGCCAUUCGAUCUUUGGAGGCUUCGUGGAAAAAAAGUCGAUUGUUUGAAGAAGAUGAGAAUAAAUUGUUGACGGGUUGGGAAGAUGAUAUUGCAGAUGUUGCUAAGAAGAUCGUCGAGGAGCAAAGCCCAAAACACUGUGUGACGUGGCAGAGUGAAAUGGUGGGGAGCAUUGAAGUAAAGGUGAAGGAAUCAUCCCACUGUGUGGAAGUCAAUCUCUCACAAACCAAAGGCUUUGAGAAACAAGUCAUUGACCAGCUCAUCAAAGAAACUCAAUCCCCUUUGCCAUGUAAUCAUGCCAGAUGUCGAGGGAUAUUGUUAUGUGAAGCAGAUCAGCUAUCAAAUGAAACCCUAAUGUACGUAAAAUGGGCAAUUGAGAGGAACAAAGGGUGCAGCAAAAUCUUCUUCUGUUGCUCUGAUGUCUCUAAGCUUCUUCUUCUUAGCUCUUUCUGCACUCACGUUCAUCUCUCCCCACCUUCAAAGCAAGAGAUAGUGGAAGUUCUGGAAUACAUAGCAAAACAACAAGAAUUCGACUUGUCGCGUCGAAUGGCAGAGAGAAUCGCCGACAAUUCCAAGAACAACCUCCGACAAGCCAUUCGAUCUUUGGAGGCUUCGUGGAAAAAAAGUCGAUUGUUUGAAGAAGAUGAGAAUAAAUUGUUGACGGGUUGGGAAGAUGAUAUUGCAGAUGUUGCUAAGAAGAUCGUCGAGGAGCAAAGCCCAAAACAGCUGUAUAUUGUUCGUGGAAAGCUAAAAAAGCUUAUUGAAUACGAUGUCUCCCCCAAUUUCAUUUUUAAGACUCUAGUAGACGAAUUAAAGAAGUUCUUGGACGAAGAAUUACAGCGUCGAGUCGAAAGUUUCUAUGCCGAUUAUAACAAAAUGGAGGAAAAACCAUUUGUCACUGAAAAAGGCUAUGGGGAAGAAGCAGUGAUCAAAGAGCUGCAUGAUCCUAUGAGAAAGAACGUUAACCACUUCUUGAAGAUUGAAGAAUUCAUAGCGAAGUUCAUGAGCUGCUAUAAGGGAGAAGCAAAUAAGAAAAAUUAUUUGCCGACAUGAAAAUAAAUAAAUAAAUAAAUAGUCUCAAUAUAAUGAAAGCUUGGUGUUUGGGGGAAAAGACGCUUUUAGCC